UCAUUUAUUUGUUGUUUUCUGUUCUCGAUCGUCAUCUAAAUGUUUUAACACAGUGAAUUGGCCCUCGUUCAGAGCGGUUAAUGUUCGCAGCCCAUUGCUGGUGCGAGCAGGCGCACACGGAACGGACAUCCCCCUUCCCGUUUGCAUGGAGAGAGUUGACCCGCAAAGCAGGCUGUUUUUCUGCGGUCGGCGGCUCCGUCACCCUCCCGGUCCAGCCCGAAACUGCGGCCUGGUCCCUCACGGCUCGAUCUUGCUCCUUGUUCCUCACGGCUGUCAGUGUGACCGGUGGCUGCUGUACUCGUGUACCGCGGUUUCGGUACACUCUCCUAACGCCUUCUUGUUCGGGCACGGCGUGUAACCAUUUUUUACUUUGCGUCAGAAAAUACAUGUACAGCACUAAUUUUCGGUUUAUCUUAAAUGUUUAAUCCAUCGGAGUGUGCACUCCGGGCUGCCUCAGUGUGAUGAGCCGGCAGGGCGGUGGGCAAGAGCCAGCCUGGGCCGGGAAUGCCCUACCUGCUAAGUUUGUGCUGACGGCCUGCGCCGCCGCCGUGGCAGAAACAGUAACGUUUCCACUUGAUUUGACUAAAACAAGACUUCAAAUUCAAGGAGAAGCCGCUGAUCAAUUGCAUAAAACAUCGAAGCCUUACAGGGGAAUGAUACAGACAGCAAUUGGAAUAGUUAAAGAGGAGGGCCUGUUUAAGCUGUGGCAAGGUGUCACUCCUGCCAUCUACAGACAUAUAGUGUAUUCAGGUGUACGGAUGGUUGCAUACGAACAGCUUCGUGAUUCACUACUGAAGAAGAAUGAUGAUGGCUACUUCCCUUUGUGGAAAGCUGUACUGGGAGGAAUGAUAUCUGGUGCCAUUGGACAAUUUUUUGCCAGCCCAACAGAUCUGGUGAAAGUUCAGAUGCAGAUGGAAGGGAGAAGGCGUCUUGAAGGAAAGCCUCCAAGAAUCCAUGGAGUUUACCACGCUUUUGUCAAAAUUUUGUCCGAAGGUGGAAUUCGAGGAUUGUGGGCAGGUUGGAUACCAAAUGUGCAGAGAGCCGCCUUAGUCAGCCUGGGAGAUCUAACGACCUACGACACAGUGAAACACUUCUUAUUACGAAACACAGCUCUGAAGGAUGGUAGCUUAUGCCACGCUUUAUCAAGCAUUUGUGCAGGACUAGUUGCUGCUACCAUGGGAACCCCUGCAGAUGUCAUUAAAACCAGAAUCAUGAAUCAGACAAGAGACAGACAAGGAAGGGGUUUACUAUAUACGUCCACGUAUGAUUGCCUGAAGCAGACAAUAAAGAGGGAAGGAUUGUUGUCAUUGUACAAAGGAUUUCUGCCAACUUGGACAAGAAUGGCACCUUGGUCAUUGACAUUUUGGCUCACAUUCGAACAGAUCAGAAAAUUAACGGGCCUCAGUUCCUUUUGACAUCUAUUAGAUCUAAUAUAACUUCUGUGAAGUUCCUCUUUGACAACUGUGAUGCUGGAGUGUAGGGAGAAAAAUGGAAAUAAAAUUGAAACUCUUUCACUUGCUCAUUGUGGGUAUCAAAAUAUUACGGUUAGUACUAACUCUGGCCCCCAUAAAACAUAAAAUUCUGGAGAUACUCAGGUGUGUAAAUUUUAUCAACUCAAAUUCAAUAUAGUACAGCUUUAGAAAGUGAAAAGUAAAGAUCACUUUUUAAAAAAAUAAUCUGGCUUUAGCUUAUAUUGAUAUUGUUUGUGUUUCCAGAUACUGUAUUUCCAUUAAGUAUGGGAAAGUAUUAUUGAUGAUGGAUAUCUGAACAUUUUUUAUAAAGAGGUGGAAACACCUGCUGAAUAUUUCUAAUAUUUUCUACUAAAUGAAAUUGUUUGAGUCUACAGACAAGACCUUGUUGGUGGAUCAGAAUGCGGUUGUCACAAUCUAGAAGGGAGGGUGAGUGAAGUGUUGGGAGAUCAUCAAAAGGCAACACCAUCAUCAUGUACAUUUGUUUACCUUACUAUCCAGUUUAUUAGUACAGUCCAGUAAAACAAAUUUAUCUAUAUUCUAAAGCAAGAUAAAUUGUACAGCACAUACUUUCAAAUCAAAAGAAUUGGUAAUUUAGCUGGUGUUAGUCUUUAAGAAAGAUUACAAUUGGUUGUUGAUUUCUGACCAUUUACUCCUUGUGGUGGUUAGAAAAUUAAAGAAUAAUAACUUCAUCUUCAGUCAGACCUUUGAUUUAAGAUUCUUGUAUUUACCCUGUUUCUUAGCCAGGUGUAUCUAUUGAUUGUAAUCUCUAUAUUGUCCUAACAAUUGUCAGUGCUUCUCCUUUUAAUAAUGAAUAUUAUGUUAGAUUUUCAAAAAACAUGAACUGGUGGUUCUUUGUGAGGUUUGACGUCACGUUCUUUAAGAUUUACUGACAUUGUCCUUCAUCGUUUUUAGGAUUGUGUCGUGCUGUUAAUUUUGAUGUUUACAAUUCCGGUUAUUCAGUGUGCAAAAGUCUUAGGUGCAUGUAUAUAACUAGGGUGCCUAAGACUUUUGCACAGUGCUGUAUUCGUUGUUAUCGUGAAGCGGAGAGCAAGUUUGUAAAUCUGGCGGGAACAAAGGAUGUUGGGAAUAGCGAGGGUGGAGCACCGGGGCGGGGGUGGUGUGAGUGCAUACAGAAUUGAUGGAUCAUCACAGAAUUUCUUUUGGUGCUUCCUGCUCCCUCCCUUCUCUUUCCUCUUCCCAAACAUGAUUCCCCUCUCCCUGUCCCCUUCUCACUCUCAAUCCACAAUAGAGACCCAUAUCAGAAUCAGGUUUAUCAUCACUCACAUAUGUCAUAUUUGUUUUUUUUUGUGUGGCAGCAGUACAGUGCAAUGCAUAAAAUUACUACAGUACUGUGCAAAAGUUUUAGGCUUCCUAGCUAUAUUUAUGUGCACAGUAUUGUAGAUGGAUGUUAAUCUUUAUAAGUAGUUUUCAUUUGACCUUCUGUUAAUCAUAGGGUUGGUUUUGUUUUUAUAUUUUAUCAGUAUUGCACCCUCAUAUCACUAUUUUAGUUUAAUCCAAGUAUUGGGACUUGCACUAUUUUAAUAGGAUAAUCUUAUCAUACAGCAUCCUAUAGUCUUCCACUUUCAAUCAUUCUUCUCUUUCCCGUGGGUACUAUUUUUUUUCCAGUUAAUAGCUACGUUGGUAGAUGGUAUCCACCUGAUGGUCUUACCUUCAAAUCAGUUACUAUAUUCCUUGGUGUUCUGCAGUGGUAUUUAAUACCAUUGUAACAGUAGUAAGGACUGUUACAGUCCUACAUGUUUCAUCACAAUAUUAUCCAAAAAAAUUACAAUGUAAAGACAUAAAUGCAGACAAUAACCAGGUUGAUCUAAGAAAAUGAUCUUAGGGAGCAUUUUAAAGGGAAACGGUUUUGGUAAUCAAAUUGGCAUCAGAGAUGAAGUGAUUAAAUUCAGAGAUAAGGAUGAGAAUUUAAGGAACACAGAUAAUCUGAGUGGUUGAUAGGGCUGGAUUAUGAAGAUGGGGAGAAAAUAGACCAGCAAUGACAGAGACAUAGACAUAGAAGUAUGUAAACAAGGAUGUGAAUUCUAAAGUAAAUGUAAUGUUUUGGGAUGAGAUUCACUUGGCAAUAUCAAAUGCAAAGACUAGAACAGGUAUGAUAUAGUGGACUGACUGUUGUGUUUUAUUCUGCCGAGCAAGUCUUCCAAUUUUUUUGUUGUUUUAUUGAACAUAAGGGUUAUUUUAUUAACCAGCAAUGACAGUGGACAGCUGCCUUGUUCAAUUCCUCGUUGAUCUAUGGUAGUAUUGAUUUGUAUUUAUCCUUCCUGACAAUCAAUGCAGGUGCACUUCAAGGAUGUGUACUUAGCCCACUGCUCUACUCUGUUUACACUCAUGACUGUGUGGCUAGGUACAGCGCAGAUGGGAUCUAUAAGUUCAUCAAUGACACCACUGUUGUUGGUAGGAUCUCAGAUAGUGACAAGGAACAUGGAGAAGUGAAUUAGAUUGGCUGCUUGAGUAGUGUCCCACUCAACAUCAGCAAGAUCAAUGUUGCAGCUCUAUAAAACUCUGGUUAGGCCACACUUGGAGUAUAGUGUCCAGUUCUGGUCACCUCACUAUAGGAAGGAUGUGGAGGCAUUGGAAAGGGUACAGAGGAGAUUUACCAGGAUACUGCCUGGUUUAGAGAGUAUGCAUUAUGAUCAGAGAUGAAAGGAGCUAGGGCUUUACUCUUUGGAGAGAAGGAGGAUGAGAGGAGACAUGAUAGAGGUUCACAAGAUAAUAAGAGGAAUAGAUAGAGUGGAUAGCUAGCGCCUCUUCCCCAGGGCACCACUGCUCAAUACUUUAACAUAUGAGGAACGUUUGUCCGCUCUUGGACUGUAUUCCUUGGAGUUUAGAAGAAUGAGGGAAGACCUCUUAGAAACAUUUCGAAUGUUAAAAGGCAUGGACAGAGUGGAUGUGGCAAAGUUGUUUCCCAUGAUGGGGGAGUCUAGUACGAGAGGGCAUGACUUAAGGAUUGAAGGGCGCCCUUUCAGAACAAAAAUGCGAAGAAAUUUUUUUAGUCAGAGGGUGGUGAAUCUAUAGAAUUUGUUGCCAUGGGCAGCAGUGGAGGCCAAGUCAUUGGGUGUAUUUAAGGCAGAGAUUGAUAGGUAUCUGAGUAGCCAGGGCAUCAAAGAUUAUGGUGAGAAGGCGGGAGAGUGGGACUAAAUAGGAGAAUGGAUCAGCUCAUGAUAAAAUGGCAGGGCAGACUCGAUGGGCCGAAUGGCCUACUUCUGCUCCUUUGUCUUAUGGUCUAAUACAAGAGGACAUGGCUUUAAGGUAAGGGGUGGGAAGUUCAAGGGGGAUAUUAGAGGAAGGUUUUUUACUCAGAGAGUGGUUGGUGCGUGGAAUGCACUGCCUGAGUCAGUGGUGGAGGCAGAUACACUAGUGAAGUUUAAGAGACUACUAGACAGGUAUAUGGAGGAAUUUAAGGUGGGGGGUUAUAUGGGAGGCAGGGUUUGAGGGUUGGCACAACAUUGUGGGCCGAAGGGCCUGUACUGUGCUGUACUAUUCUAUGUUCUAUGUUCAAGGAAUUGAUUUUGGAUACCAGCAAGGGCAAGUUGGGAGAACCAGCCCUCACCGAGCAGACACCAUUGGAAAGGAUGAGCAGCUUCAACUUCCUGGGUAUCAGCAUUUCAUAGAAUCUAUCUUGAGCCCAGCCUACUGAUGCAAUCAUAAAAAAGGCAUGCCAGCAGUUCCACUGGAUUAGGAGUUUGAAGAGAUUUGGUACAUCACCAAAGUCGCUUCCAAAUUUCCACAGAUGUAGAGAGCAUUCUGACUGGUUGCAUCACUGUCUGGUAUGGUGCCUCCAAUGUGCAGGAUUGCAAGAGGCUGCAGAGGGUUGUCGACUCUGCCAUAUCCAUCAUGGGUAUAAUCACCCCACCAUUGAAGACAUCUUCAAAGGGCAGUGCCUCAAGAAUAUGGUGUUAUUGUUAAGGACGCUCAGCAUCCAGGACAUGCUUUCCUCUCAUUACUACCAUCAAUGGAGCUUGAAGGCCUACACCAAACAAUUUAGGAACAGAUUCUUCCCCUCUGCCAUCAAAUUUCUGAACAGUCCAUGAACCUAUGUACACUACCUCGUUAUUCUUCUUUCACACUUUUUUUUAAACUUGUCGUAAGCUUAUAUACUUUCACUAUACUGCUUCUGCAAACCAAGUUCACAACCUAUGUAGUGAUACUAAACCUGAUUCUGGUUGUGGUUGUCUUUGACUAAAUGCUUUUCCAUGUUAAGAGCUUUUUCAGAAGACUGUCCUUCAGUAUUGUGAAUCACUUUGUAUCCACAAAACUAAAAGAUGCUUUUAUAUUCAGCAGGUAAGGUGCUUCUUGAUAAAAUUUGUCAAGCAUUUAAAUCUCAUUUUCCAUAUCUAGCCAACUGUGUUGCAAAUUAAAUAAACAUAUAUUUUUAAGUUGCCUUCAUACACAAAUCCUAUGCAUUGGGGUUUUGAUUUCAGUAGUUCAACUCAAUUGUAUGAGGGGUGAUUGAUAAGUUUGUGGCCUAAGGUGGAAGGAGUCAAUUUUCGAAAACCUAGCACAUUCAUUUUUCAGCAUAGUCCCCUCCUACAUGUACACACUUAGUCCAGCGGUCGUGGAGCAUACGGAUCCCUUCUUUGUAGAAGUGGUCCACAGCAAGGGUGAUUGAUAAGUUCAUGCCCUAAGGUAGAAGGAGAUGAGCUAUUAACUUCAAACUUUCUGCAUUAUCACUCAAAGAGCUGAACUGAAUGUGCAUGUAACGAGAGCAUCUUGGACCUCCAGGUGGUCCACAGCAGAGGUGAUUGAUAAGUUUGUGGCCUAAGGUAGAAGGAGAUGAGUUAUACAGCUCUCGUUACAUGCACGUGCAGUUCAACUCUUGAGUGAAGUUUCUCCUCCAGGCCACGAACUUA